AUUUCUCUUUUCUUUUUCUAUUUGAUUUGAUUUCUCUUCUUCCUUCUCUCCUCAACAACUUCUCAUUCUCUUUGUAACACCUACUACGUACUACACUACACUGCACUAGCCUUCUUCCGAUCUUGGUCUUGUGAGAUCUCUUUGGUUGCAUCACUAGCUCUAGCCCUCGUCUACCCCCACUGCUACCCUACCUCUUCGGCACCAUUCCUUCUUUGCUAAUGUCUCCCUCCCUCGUCGAUAACCACGCAGCGGCUUAUAUAGCUGCUCCCUCGUCCGCAAAGGCACCAAUGAUCCAAAAACCAGGCAACACUUUCGGCAUGUCUUCCCCAAUCGAGUCCAAGUUUCUCUCCCAGCCAAGGGACCUCGGCAUUGUUGCCGUAGGCUUCUCCGGCGGCCAGUGCAAGCCUGGUGUCGACGCCGCCCCCUCCGCCCUCAUCGAGUCCGGCCUUCUCACCCAGCUCCGCGAAGAGCUUGGCUACAGGCUGCACGGCGAUGACGAGGUGCACCUCUACACUGACCUCGUUCCCAAGGAGGACCCGCCUCACCGCAACAUGAAGAACCCGCGCGCCGUCUCCAACGUGACCAAGCGCAUUGCUGAGCAGGUCCACUCGCACGCCAAGGAGGGUCGCCUGGUCCUCACUCUCGGUGGUGACCACAGCAUUGCCAUUGGCACCAUUGCCGGCUCGGCCAAGGCCAUCAAGGAGCGCCUGGGACGCGAGAUUGCCGUGAUCUGGGUCGAUGCCCACGCCGACAUCAAUACCCCCGAGACCAGCGGCAGCGGCAACAUCCACGGCAUGCCCGUCAGCUUCCUCACAGGCUUGGCGAGCGAGGACAAGGAGGAGUUCUUUGGCUGGCUGAAGCCCGACCACCUCCUCAGUGUCAAGAAGCUGGUCUACAUUGGCCUCCGCGAUGUCGACCCGGGUGAGAAGCGCAUCCUCAGGGAGAACGGAAUCAAGGCGUUCAGCAUGCACGACAUUGACAAGCACGGCAUCGGUCGCGUCAUGGAGAUGGCCCUCGGCCACAUCGGCAACGACACCCCUAUCCACCUUUCGUUCGACGUCGAUGCGCUCGAUCCCAUGUGGGCUCCCUCCACGGGAACCCCGGUCCGUGGCGGUCUCACUCUCCGCGAGGGCGACUUCAUCUGCGAGUGUGUGCACGAAACGGGAAGCCUUGUCGCUGUCGAUCUUGUCGAGGUCAACCCUACCUUGGCGGCUCCCAACGACGUUGGCGCACACGAGACUGUUCGCGCUGGUUGCUCCUUGGUCAGGUGCGCUCUCGGCGAAAGCCUUCUAUGAGUGUGACACCUGUCCAAAGGGUAGUCAAUGGCGGCAGUAAAGGCAAUAUUUAGGGGGUGAAGAAGAGAAGGGGGGCAGAUGAAGAGCCGAACACAGGGAGGCCGCAGCAACGCGGCGUUUUUUUUUUUUACAUAUACGACAUAACAGGACAAAUAACGGCAGCAUAAUGAUGUCUCCUAUAGAUAUGGGAUGGGACGUCAGGUGUUUUAGGAUACCAUUGGGGGAAUACUUUUGUCUUUUUUCUUUCUUUCUCAAGAGCUAGCCUGUACAUAGACGGCUUUCUUGCGGGCCUGGCCAGUCUUUGGAAGUCAGCCCGGGAUUUGAUGUCUUUGAUCAUGGAGAGCAUACAUCGAUCCCCUUUGAAACGCAAAAGAACUUUUAUUUGCGCUUCUACUUUGUUGGCUCCAUCUCUGUCGUUGUCUGUCUUUGAACAAUGAAGCUAUUGCAGUUUCUCUGCACUCUACACCCCCAAUUAUGCUGCACAGACAUUUAACUCGCAGAUGGCCGACAUCGGACUCUUCGGUCGGGCACCGCACCAUUUUAAGCAGCAUGUCAACGGCGCCGCCACUGCAGUGUCCGGGCUCCUGCGCCGAAAUAACAUGACUGAGCAUCCAACGACGAGUGUGCGAAAAGGUAAAAACACUGAGGCGGGAGGUUAUCUUCAGUUCCUCGCUGCAAUGGCGCGUCUCAU